CAAAAACUACCCCCUCCCGCUUGGUGGAAUUUUGAAGGAGAGAAAAUCAGGGAAAGAAGAGAGAGAAUUUUCCGGGAAAAUCGUGAAUCGAGAAUUAUGAGCAGCCUCUGGUUUCUGCUAUUCCUGCCCCUGAUCUUCCAUUGGAACGAAGUUUCCAGCUCCUACGCAGGUUCCGCAAGUUCCAUCAUCAACCCUUCAAAGGUCAAACAGGUUUCAUGGAAGCCAAGAGCUUUCGUUUAUGAAGGUUUCCUUACUGGCUUGGAAUGCGAUCACUUGAUCUCCUUAGCGAAAUCGGAAUUGAAGAGAUCUGCGGUUGCUGAUAAUCUCUCUGGUGAUAGCAAGUUGAGUGAAGUUCGAACUAGCUCUGGAAUGUUCAUUUCCAAGAAAAAGGAUCCUAUUGUUGCUGGUAUUGAGGACAAGAUUUCAGCAUGGACAUUCCUUCCAAAAGAAAAUGGGGAGGACAUGCAAGUAUUGAGAUAUGAGCAUGGGCAGAAAUAUGACCCGCAUUAUGAUUACUUCACUGAUAAAGUUAAUAUAGUACGGGGUGGACAUCGCAUGGCGACUGUCCUCUUGUAUCUCACUAAUGUGACCAGAGGUGGUGAAACCGUAUUCCCUGUUGCAGAGGAACCUCCCCGUCGCAGAGGUUUAGAAACAAACAGUGAUCUUUCUGAGUGUGCCAAAAAAGGAAUAGCAGUGAAACCACGAAGAGGGGAUGCACUUCUGUUCUUCAGUCUUCACACAACUGCUACCCCAGACACUGACAGUCUUCAUGCUGGAUGCCCAGUAAUCGAAGGUGAGAAAUGGUCAGCGACAAAGUGGAUUCAUGUAGAUUCAUUUGAUAAGACGGUCGGUGCUGGAGGUGACUGCUCUGAUCAGCACGAAAGCUGUCAAAGAUGGGCUUCCCUUGGAGAAUGCACUAACAAUCCUGAGUAUAUGGUUGGAUCUUCAGACCUUCCUGGAUCAUGUAGAAGGAGUUGUAAGGCAUGUUAGAAUCUCCACCAAAUGUUUUCCAGAUUCUUCUUGGUAAUGUUAUUUCUGCCACUGAGUUUAAACUUUCAUUUUGCUGGUUUGUAAAGUAAUUCCACUCCAUCGUGAUGCUUAGCUUUUCACUUUUCACAGGGUUAUACUUAUACCCACACAGCCUCACACUUAAAGUGAUGGAAAUUGUUCA